UAGCAGUUAUAGCCGCUUUCCGAACUCCACGUGCUAACUGGCAGCUCGCGCGUCGCGUCACGCGUUUUUUAAAUUUCAAAUGGGGACUGGACAAUCCCGUUGACGAUUCGCAACCCAUGUUUUACCCCGUCUUUCCAUGGUCAACAGAAAUGACAUCGGAAUUCGACGAGCUAAAUCCCAUUGGUCCCCCGAAUUCAACUAAUGCAUGUGAAGGUGAUUUAAAAUUCGCGGUUACUUUCGAUAGACUUUCUUGGCACGAGCACGUGUAUAGAAGACUUUCUAGCAAACCUACGCCGCAUUACAUUGAGAACAUCCUGGGUUUGCAAACUAGUGACCAGUGUCAGGACACACAGGACAAUAUGAUCGGACACUUAAAUCCUCCGCCUAUUAGUUAUAAUGUGACUCAAAUUUUACCCGCUGAAAUUAACGAACCGUUGAAUUUAUCUGUGAAAAACCAAAUUAAAAUACGAACAAAGACCGUUAAAGAAACGAUGAAAAAGAGAAAAAAGACUAAGGAACCUGUUGAAACGAAGGUACCAGAACCACCACCAAUUAGGGCUCAAACCAAAAUAGAAGUAGAUGCAAGUCCAGAAGAUGCGGACAGCAAAAACAAGAAAAAGAAAGCACGUACCACUUUUACUGGCCGACAAAUUUUCGAGUUGGAAAAACAAUUUGAAAUGAAGAAAUACCUUAGUAGCAGUGAGAGGUCUGAAAUGGCCAAACUUCUUAAUGUUACAGAAACGCAGGUGAAGAUAUGGUUCCAAAAUCGUCGAACAAAGUGGAAAAAGAUCGACAACGUUUCGAACGUUGAAGCAGCCGAGCAUAAAACGGUCACCAUAAAGUCUGAAGACAGUCGAACGAGGUCGAAACACGCGAGCAGUCACAGUCAGAGUUCGAAUUCGAGUAUCGAAAGCGACACUAAGAGUUCGAUAGCGUCCGCAGUUGCCGAUUAUCCACCAGAUAAAAACUUCAAAGAUAUUCUUAAGACAAAUUUACCGGCUGCAAUUCCUUUGUCUCCGAAUGCCCAGUUGCCCAAUCAGAUAAAUAUAACUAAAGACGUUUCUCUGAAAACGACGAUCGAUAGUCAAGAAAAAUCCUAAGAGUGUUUAAAUGUGUACUUACGUGUUCUUUGUUCUUUCUAUAGACAUUAAAUCUAUUGUUUUCGGAAAAAUGCAGAUUUGUGAUUAAUUAGAUCCUCGAAACGGAUUUAAUAAUUUCUCACUUAGAGGCCAUGUCAGCGGUAGUGAGAUAUAUUGGCUUAGUCAGGUGUCUCUUUGGGAGCCAUAUGGGCUCCAGCGUGCUAUUCUACUAUUUUACUAAUUAGAAUUGAUUUUUUAACACAACUGGUUUAAAAUUAGUAAUUUCAUUUCGAUCCUUAAAUAAAAAUGUACAACGCUUGGUAUAUUUGGUUGAUGUUUUAUUGAUACAUUUUACUAAUUAUAGUUUUAUAAACAAAUAAAUAUUCCAUGCCCGUAUUUGUUGGAAGAUUUGAAAAAAUUACAGAAAAUACUUUGGGUACUCUAUUUUUCUAUAAUUGCAACAAAUUUGAACCAAAUAUACUGAAUAAAGACAUUUUUAACCUAAAACAAUAAUAAUACUUUUAUAAAUCGUCCAUUCGGUGAAACAAUGUCUUAAGUGCAAAAAUCUAGUUUUUAGAGGAGGGCCAUUUGAAAGUUUUGGUCGUCAUAAACUGAACUGCAUUAAAAGUCAAAAGAUUUAAUAUUUGCUUAUUUCUUGUAAAUGGUAUAUUUACCACAAUGCUGUACCAGAUGUAGAAGCAGAUUGCUCAUAAUUUGUGGCCAAAAAGUCACUUUCCAAUAUUUUUGCACUUACGACGUUGUUGCACCGGAUGUGCGAAAUAUUUAAUACGUUUCUGUGAAAGUUGAUAAAAAAACUCUACAUAUUUCAAACCCAAUCAUAUUUAGAUAGAAAUACCUCGUAUUUGACAAUGGUUUUAAUUAGCUACCACAUUUCCACAUUAUGUUCAGCACGGCUAAUAAAUUGCAUACUCAAAAGAUGUACUUAAUUUAUAUGUAUACCUACUUCUGAAAACAAUAGAUGUAUUAUACGGAGUGAUAAUUUAAAAAAUUACAAAUGUUACUAUCUAAAGAACAAAAAAAAAGAUUUGGAACUGCUUAGGCUUAGGCCUAAAUGAAAUUGUUUACUUUCUAUAUUAAAAUCAUAUUUAUGAUUCAAUCUCUUAUUCCACCACUAAAAGUAAAAUUUAAUUUUUUUCCGGCUUUAGAAUAAAUGAUUUGUAUCUGUACCAAUUAAAAAAAGAAACAAUAAUAAUUAGUAAGCAGAUAUUUUCCAAAUAAUCAUUUAAUACACUCAAAAUUGAAGUGUAAUUAUUGUUUAUCGAGCAGUUUAAGACAUAAUUUUUCGUUUUCAGAUGUAGCCAUUGUAAGUUUCUAAAUAGUCACUCCGUAUGGUUCAAAGUGUAUAAUCACAAAAGUACAAUUUUUUAGUUGCACAAAUUUACAAAAAAAGUUAGAAUGAUAUUUUUAAUAAAAACUUCUUUAGACGUAAAAUUUACCUUUCUAUCUCUAAUUUAUAAAUAUUUUGUAUGUGAGAUGGCGUUCAUAUCAUCCCAAGUCAGAAUAGGGCGAAUAAUAAAAUUGUUUCUG